UCGGCGCGCAAAGCGGGGAGGGGGCGUGGCCACGGUGGCUUCCUGCGCGGGGUGCGGGGCCGGGACCGGGUCUCGGAACGGGAUCGGGGGCUGAGUGCGGCACUGGGCUGCCGGGUCCAGUUCCGGUACUGGGUUCGAGAUUAGGGUCGAGCCGGAGGGGUCCCAGCACCGCACCCUGCCCCCCCCUGCACCCCCCCCCAGCAUGGCGCAGUGGCAGGAGGUGCAGCAGUUGCCCCCCGCCCACCUGGAACGCGUGCACCAGCUGUACACCAACGCCGCGCUGCCCAUGACCGUAAGGCAGAGCCUGGCGGACUGGAUCGAGGACCAGGACUGGCGGCAGGCGGCCGAGCCCUUCUCGUCCCACGCGCGGAUGCUGUUCCACUCGCUGCUGGCGCUGCUGGCCGAGCAGCUGGGCAGCCUGGGGCCGGGCGAUGAGGACUUCAUGCUGAAGCACAACCUGCGCAAGGCACGCCUCGACCUGCAGGUCCCCAUCCCAUGUCCCCAUGUCACAUCCCUGUGUCCCCAUCCCAUGUCCCCAUCUCACAUCCCUGUGUCCCCAUCCCAUAUCCCCAUCUCACAUCACCGUGUCCCCAUCCCACAGGAUGGUGCUGCAGGUUUCUCCUUCUGGGCCUGGCUGGAUGGGAUCCUGGCACUGCUGCACGACCACCUGAAGCAGCUCUGGAAGGACGGGCUCAUUCUGGGCUUCGUGAGCCGCAAACAGGAAAAGAAACUGCUGAAGGUGAAGCGGACGGGGACGUUCCUGAUUCGGUUCAGCGAGAGCGUGCUGGGGGGGGUCACCUGCACCUGGGUGGAGCACCCUGAGAACGGACCCCCCGCCUUCCGCGCCGUCGUCCCCUACACCGCGGCCGAGCUGGCGUCGCUGGCGCUGCCCGACAUCAUCCGCGAUUACCAGCUGCUGGCGGAGGAGAACAUCCCCGAGAACCCCCUGCUCUUCCUCUACCCCGACACCGCCCGUGACGAAGCCUUCGGGCCCUACUACAGCCAACGGCACGAGGGUACGGCGCGCUGCAGCGCGGCACGGUGCACGGGGUGUGCCCGCAGGCAGCCCCACGAGACGUGGCAGACGGAGGAGGAGUUGGUGGGGGCCACGGAGGACCUGGAAACGCUGCGGUUGAGGAGCGGUGGGCAACAGCCCGUGAACCCGGGGACAGUGCCGGGGGGGGGCAGGACCCCCGGGACACCGCAGGCCGUGAGCCCGGGGCUGCAGCAGGUGGUGGCUGCAGGACUGGGGAUGCAGCAACCAGGACCUCAAGUCCCGGUGCUGCCGUCCCUGCAGCAAUUGGAGUCGGGGGGCUUGGGAAUGCUGCAGACAGGGAUGGGGGUCGUGGGGCCGCCCGUGGUGCUGCUGCAAGUGGGACCGAGGGGGCAGGAGGUGCUGCCCACGGGGGGCAGUGCCAUAGGGCCGCUGCUGGGGAGCGGUGCCGUGGGGCUGCUGCCGUCGGGGCUGGGGGACCUGGAGGGGCUGCCGCUGCAGGAGCUGGAGCUGGAGGCGGGCACGGGGCAGCUGGAGGCGACGGAGCCGCUGCCCACCCUGGACGGUGCGUGGGGCCGACGGACAGCGCCGUGCUCCUGGACCACCACGACCCCUUCCUGCCACAGCUUGAGGACGUGGCUUUGCCCGCUGCCUCCUCGCUCUUCGCUGCCGAUGCUGAUUUCCCACCGCUCCACAUCGACGCCAGCGAUUUCCAGUGACCCCUCCCGGCCCCCCCGUGUAAAUAAACCCCUUCCUCCCCAUCUGCCCGUGGUGCUGUUAGGGCAGCCCUGGUGCGGCGCUGUAGCAGAGAGCAGCUCCUCGUUGCCCAGCCCUUUAUUAGAAACCCAUAAAUACCCCAUAUAAAUAGG